AUGCGGGGAAAGUUUCGUGAUGUAAAAGCUCAUAGGCUCCACACCGAACGAGGCGUCACAUUUUGGAGAUUCAAUAUAGAAGUGGAGCUUGGCGAGAAACAGGCUAGAAUCGCGUAUCGCAUCAAUCGUGGUCCGGCAAUAGGGUUUUGGGUUCCUGCGCAUGGCCAGACAAUGAAUAUCAUGUUUCAUAGCUGCAACGGAUUCAGUUCGAGCGUUAACCCAGACAAAUUCUCUGGCCCAGAUCCUUUAGAUGUCCUUAAUUCUCAUCAAACCCGUCCUUUUCACGUCAUGAUUGGGGGAGGAGAUCAGAUAUAUAACGAUGCAGUAAUGCGGCAGACGACGCUUUUCCAAGAAUGGCUGGGCAUCAAGAACCCAGUGCAGAAGAACUCGGCGCCUUUCACACCCGAGAUGCAGGAUGAGCUGGAAGGCUUCUACUUGGAUCGCUAUGCUAUGUGGUAUUCGCAAGGCUUGUUUGCCAUGGCUAACUGCCAGAUCCCCAUGAUCAACAUUUGGGAUGAUCAUGAUAUUAUCGACGGGUAUGGGUCAUAUCCUCAUCAUUUCAUGCGGUCCCCGAUAUUUACUGGACUUGGCGCUGUUGCUUUCAAGUACUACAUGUUGUUUCAGCACCAGUCGGUGGUGGACGAGACACAAGCGAAUGAGCCAAGCUGGCUCCUUGGCGCAUCUCCUGGGCCAUACAUCAAUGAAUUGAGCAGAAGUGUCUUCAUGCAUCUGGGAAGAAAGGUCGCUUUCCUCGGGCUUGAUUGUCGCACUGAACGCAUGAGAGACGAAAUCUUCUGCGAAGAGACAUACGAUAUUAUCUUUGAUCGAUGUCACCAAGAGAUUAUCAAAGGGGAAACAAAACAUCUCAUCGUGUUGCUUGGUGUGCCAAUUGCAUACCCCCGUCUCAACUUCCUCGAAAAUAUCUUAACCUCACGGCUUAUGGAUCCCGUCAAGGCAAUUGGCCGCACUGGCGUUCUUGGUGGGUUUGUCAAUAAAUUCGACGGAGGCGUAGAGAUCCUAGACGACCUAGAUGAUCACUGGACCGCAAAGGAACACAAACGGGAAAGAAAUUGGUUUAUACAAGAAUUACAAGAGUUGGCGGCUGAAAAGUCCGUUCGCGUCACUAUUCUAGGUGGCGACGUUCACUUGGCUGCUGUGGGUCAAUUUUACUCUAAUCCGAAACUCAGUAUACCCAAGGAUCAAGACCACAGAUAUAUGCCGAAUGUCAUUUCUUCCGCCAUUGUCAAUACGCCCCCUCCUGAGCUCAUGGCAGACACCAUAAACAAGCGAAACCGUGUCCAUCAUCUCGAUCAUGACACGGAUGAGGAUAUGAUUCCAAUGUUCACCCAUGACGUUGACGGAAAGCCAAGAAACAACAAGCAUCUCCUGCCGCGCCGUAAUUGGGCUUCA